GACGGGGCUGCCUCCCCACCCCGGGUUGCCCCCCGUCUCUGGGGCCCGGCCUGCCUGGCGCGGGUGAGCGCGCACCGGGAAUUCACUGUGAAUUCACUCCCUGGCUCGCCCCCGUGCCCAUAGGUGUAGGGCAGCCUCCCCCAGCCUCGGGGGUUUGCCCCCCGCCGUAAUAAAGAUGGCAUUUGUGCGCCCCCACUUCAGCCACUGCUUUCCUUGCCACUGAUUCUUCUCGGCCCACGGGUUGAGAAAUGCUGCCAAGGGGGGGCCCAAGAAGCGGGGUAAAUUAGGCUGUGCCCCAGCAGGAAGACUGCUCCUGACCCCCCACGCCUCCGCCAGACCCAGUCACCAGCUAGAGUAGUCAGUGCAUGUGUGUAAGGCAGUGAUUCUCAGCCGGGGCCCAGCUGAUCCUUUGAAGGGUGCCCCUGGGAGUGAGCAGAUAAGCUCAGGCAUGUCCCUGCUUGAUCCAUCCUCCACUGCCAUUGCUUGGCCCUUCUGCAAGGAGGAUGGCUUCCCUGGAAGACCAAACGAAUCUUCAUUUAACUGCAGUCAAAGCACGAAUUCAACAGGUUUUGGAAAUAUAUGCACCUGGCCUCAAAGGAGUCGAAGUUUUAGAUGUCAAGCUGGUGAGGUACCAAAUAGAAGUCAGCCCAUGUGGAGUGGUUCCAGUUCUGGAAGAAGCUUUGGGAAUUGGGAUGUCAACGAGGAGCCUAACCGAGGAUGUCAGCCCAGAAUGAGAGGGUUUACUAGUGGAAGGAAUUUUGGAAGCAGAGAUGCCAGUGAGAAUCCCAAUACAGAAAAUACUCCCAGAGAAGGUGGAUUUGGUAGUGGAAGGAGUUUUGGAAACAGAGAAGAACGUACUGAAGAUGCCCACUCCAGAAGCAGAGGAUUUUCAAGAAGAGGAGGUGCUCGAGGGGAUUUCAGAGGUGGCCGUGGAGGAUUUGGUCCAAGUCAAUAUAAUGAAAAUGAGCAACAAGAAAGAGGACCGCAUUUUGGCCUUAGGAGGGGAAUGUUGGGAGGCCCUACAGGUGAUCAAGAACAUAGAGGAUUUGGAGUCAGAGGUGGUUACAGAGGAGGCAAUGAAGAAGUAAUUGCAGGUUCUGGAAGAAGUAAGUUGCUUUAUUGUACUUGGAAGUCAGGCGCAAUGGAAAGUGGUGAUAAUCAAGGGCCAAAGGUGACAUACAUGCCUCCACCUCCACCAGAUGAUGAAGAAGCCAUCUUUGCACAUUAUCAAACAGGAAUUAAUUUCGACAAAUAUGAUACAAUACUUGUAAAAGUAUCAGGGCUUGAUCCCCCUCCAGCAAUAUUGACUUUUGAAGAAGCUAAUCUUUGUCAAACGUUAAACAAGAACAUUGCCAAAGCUGGGUAUUCAAAACUUACUCCAGUGCAGAAGUACAGUAUUCCUAUUAUACUUGCAGGGCGAGAUUUAAUGGCAUGUGCCCAGACAGGAUCAGGAAAAACUGCAGCUUUUCUCUUGCCAAUUUUGGCACACAUGAUGAACGAUGGAAUAGCUGCCAGUCACUUUAAAGAGCAACAAGAACCAGAAUGUAUUAUUGUAGCUCCAACUAGAGAACUGAUAAAUCAGAUCUUUCUGGAAGCGAGAAAGUUUGCAUAUGGAACUUGUAUAAGGCCAGUUGUGAUCUAUGGAGGUACGCAGACAGUUCAUUCAAUUCGUCAGAUAAUGCAAGGCUGUAAUAUACUGUGCGCCACUCCAGGCAGACUUAUGGAUAUGAUAAAUAAAGAAAAGGUUGGCUUGCGUAAAGUGAAAUAUUUGGUGUUAGAUGAAGCGGACCGUAUGCUUGAUAUGGGGUUUGGUCCAGAGAUGAAGAAGUUAGUUUCUUAUCCCAGCAUGCCCCCAAAAGACAAGCGUCAAACACUGAUGUUUAGUGCCACCUUCCCAGAAGAAAUUCAAAGGUUGGCUGGAGAGUUUUUGAAAACUGAAUACUUAUUUGUUGUUGUUGGACAAGUUGGUGGAGCCUGCAGUGAUGUCCAGCAGAGUAUUCUUCAGGUUGACCAAUACUCUAAGAGAGAAAAGUUGAUCGACAUUUUGCUAAGCAUAGGUAAGGAGCGAACAAUGGUAUUUGUGGCAACGAAGAAAAAAGCAGAUUUCAUUGCAACCUUUCUUUGUCAAGAAAAAAUAGCAACCACCAGUAUUCAUGGAGAUCGGGAGCAGAGGGAACGGGAAGAAGCUCUUCGGGAUUUUCGUUCUGGAAAAUGCCCUGUGCUCGUUGCUACAUCAGUAGCAGCCAGAGGCUUGGAUAUUGAAAAUGUUCAACAUGUUGUUAAUUUUGAUCUUCCAUCCACCAUUGAUGAAUAUGUUCACCGGAUUGGACGAACUGGCCGUUGUGGGAAUAUAGGCAAAGCCAUUUCCUUUUUUGAUUUAAAAACAGAUAGCCACCUGGCAGAACCUUUGCUUAAAGUGCUUUCAGAUGCUCAACAGGAGGUUCCAGUAUGGCUGGAAGAAAUUGCUUUUAGUGCUCCUGGAGCUAACUUUUCCAUUCCAAGAGGAAGUAUUUUUGCAUCUGUUGAUACUCGAAAGACUUACCAAGGCAAAGACGGUAUGAAUGCAGGAGGACUUAACCAGUCGUAUGCUACAGGUUCAGCUGAUGAGUCAUGGGAUUGAAAGGAAAAAGUGCCAAGUUUCAGAUCUUGAUUUUGUUAAAAACGUUUUGUUUCUUAAAGACUUGUAAAACAUAAUCUGUUGCCUUUACUAAGUUCCUUGCUGAUCAGUUCUGUAAAAUUCUUUAAACAUAUAAGAAGCAGUUGAUGUUGACUAUUUGAUGCUGUUUUCAUGAAAAGUGGAUGUACUACUACAUAGUGGUACUGGGGAUUUGAGGUAACAUCCACUUUUGGAAUAGUUCUGUGAAAAGGCCAUUUUUAGCAAGAGUUUUCUUACAUACAUGUGAAGUCUUGGGAAAAUAAUAAACAAUGAAGAGCGUUGACUUGUUUGCAGUGAGCAUUCUUUAUAAAAUGUGUGAAACUCCUUUUUUAAUUUUCAGUUUUUUGUUUGCUUGUUGGUUUAAUUGAAAACCUGCAGAUUCAUCUAACUUACCAUUUCAAAGUUAGUGUCCUUAAUGGAAAAUUGCACAACAGUUGUGAACAAUUGGUUUUGCGAAUGAAGACUAUUACACAAAGCUUAUUUGAUUAUCUGCAAUGACAUUUUCAGGUUUAAGUUGUAGCAUUAAAGGUUAGUUGUGAAACACAGCUUGUACUAGUUGAGUUGUUUAAUAAACUGUUGUAAAUGAGUCUUUACAAGCAGUCAGUAAAAACUGAAGGAUCAUA